UCUUGGGUAACUAGAAAAGGGUAACUAGAAGUGGUUACAGCUUAUAAGGAUCAAAUUAUUCAAUGCAAAUUGCAUAAGGACAUAAUUGAAAUUUAGGAUUUUUACAAGGACCAAUUCGAAAAAUUUAAAGAAAUAGACAGAGCGAAACUUGCCGGGAUAUGUGGGCAGGCUCAUUCACUCACUCACUCACUCAGAGUCACCGGCGAAGCGCUGUGGUCCUCUGUUCGAUUGACCGAAGCAUUUGAUGCGAUUCGCUAGUAGCUAAAACUGCAUAUUGACUGUUGUACUACUAUUGAGUGCUGGCACGUUGAACUCUAUGGGGUUGACACGUAGUAUCUUCGGUUUCGCUUCUAAUGGCUGCUCAACCGCCCGGAUUCUAUCUUCUUCUUCUUCUUCGUCUACUCUAUUUAAUCGCUUCACUCGGUUAUCUCCGCCUGCUCAUCGCUGCCUCCCUACACCCUGCCGGUCCCCGUCUUUCUUCAUUCGUCAGAUAAAUAUGCAAGCACAGAGCAUUGCUGCUCGUCUUAGCAGCUCAGGAAUUCUGCAAACUAAGGGUCUUAUUGGGGGAAACUGGACAGAUGCUCAUGAUGGCAAGACUUUUGAGGUGUCUAAUCCUGCUACAGGAGAAGUUAUUGCCAAUAUUCCUUGUAUGGGAGGGAAGGAGACCAAUGAUGCCAUCACUUCAGCUUAUGAUGCAUUUAACUGUGAGUAGACAUUUUUGUUAUCCAAGGAUUUGCCACUCAAUCUUAUCACGAAUACGUAUCACUUUUUAUGCUAUUGCAAAAUAUAGCACUUCUACUUUGCAAACUCUAGUACUUAUCCUUUUAUCACCCCUUUUAGAUGAACGAUGGUGUAAAAAUUUAAUGAUGUCUAAAUGUAAUGGGAUUACUUACUUGUAUUUCUUGGAUUGUUGUAAAAGCUUGGAAGAAACUCACUGCUGCUGAUAGAAGCAAGCGAUUAAGGAAAUGGUAUGGCUUUACUUGUAACCUGUACUUUCUGCUUGAGGAGCUCUACUAUUUGACCGGCUUUUGCGUUUUAGGUAUGAUUUGAUAAUGGCCCAUAAGGAGGAGCUUGGACAACUUAUAACUCUGGAGCAAGGGAAACCUUUAAAGGAGGCCAUUGGUGAGGUCAGCUAUGGGGCCGGUUUUAUUGAGUUUGCUGCUGAAGAAGCUAAACGUGUCUAUGGUGAUAUCAUUCCGUCGCCAUUGCCAGAUCGUCGGUUGUUUGUUUUGAAGCAGCCUGUUGGUGUUGUUGGUGCCAUUACUCCCUGGAAUUUUCCACUGGCCAUGAUUACUAGAAAGGUUGGCCCUGCUCUUGCUUGUGGGUGCACAGUUGUUAUCAAACCCUCUGAACUCACACCUUUGACUGCUUUAGCGGCUGCUCAACUCUCCCUUGAAGCUGGAAUACCACCGGGAGUAGUGAAUGUAGUCAUGGGAAAUGCUUCUGGUAUUGGAGAAGCUUUACUUAAUAGCCCCAAGGUAAGAAAGAUUACAUUUACGGGGUCAACAGCUGUUGGAAAAAAGUUAAUGGCGGGUUCUGCCGAGACUGUUAAAAAGGUGUCCCUAGAGCUUGGAGGCAAUGCACCUUGCAUAGUUUUUGAUGAUGCAGAUCUUGAGGUGGCUCUUAAAGGGACUUUGGCUACUAAGUUUCGUAAUAGUGGGCAGACUUGUGUUUGCGCAAAUAGGAUACUCGUGCAAGAAGGAAUAUAUAGCAAGUUUGCUGAUUCUUUUUUAAAGGCCGUCCAAGAUAUGAAAGUUGGAGAAGGAUUCGGUGAAGGUGUGGUCCAGGGCCCUCUAAUCAAUGAAGCGGCUGUACAGAAGGUUGAAACUUUGAUUCAAGAUGCUGUCUCAAAGGGAGCUAAAGUUGUUCUUGGGGGCAAAAGACAUAGUCUGGGGAUGACCUUUUAUGAGCCCACUGUGAUUACUGAUGUCAAGAAUGAGAUGCGUAUUUCAACAGAGGAAGUUUUUGGACCUGUUGCGCCACUUUUGAAAUUUAAAACUGAGGAAGAAGCUAUUCACAUGGCCAACGACACAAAUGCGGGUCUGGCUGCCUACAUAUUUACGACAAAUGUUCAACGCUCCUGGCGAGUCUCUGAAGCGCUUGAGUAUGGUAUAGUUGGCGUGAAUGAAGGGCUUGUCUCAACUGAGGUGGCACCAUUUGGAGGGGUGAAACAGUCUGGCCUUGGCCGCGAAGGAUCCAAAUAUGGGAUGGAUGAAUAUUUGGAGGUACAUCUCGAUCUCAAUUUUGCAACUCAAUAUCUUGUGAACCCUACUCACAAAAAUGAACAAUCACUGCACUGGCAAAUCUAGUGUUGCAAAUGAUCACUUUCACAUUCUCGUCACUUUUCCCCAAUGCAGAUUAAAUAUGUGUGUCUUGGAAACCUAAGCUAAACUGAGAUGAAUUGUGUCACCUUCCAACAAUCGCUUUGGCUUCAGUUUCAUGGUUGGUUGAAAGGCCAGGUUGGGGCAGUGGCUGUAAAUAUGGUUUGGAGCUUCCCAUAUGAUGUUGCGUGGAAGAUGUUGUAGCUUCAUGACAUGGUGAGGUUCCAUUUGUUCAGGAAUGGUCAAGAAUAAAUUUCUCAGUUGAAGCAUCCGAGAUAGUCCUUAGAGGCUUCUCUUUGUACACUUUGUGUCGGCCGAUGAUAUAUGUUUCAGUUGAAGUUAAAAUAAACAUUGUUUUUUUCUAAAUAACAUGACCAUUUCAAGAGUGAUCUACGCAGAUAAAUGUUCAAUUUUGAAGAUAAAGAAACGGUGUUAGGACUGGGUGUUAAAACGCAGGGACCAACAGCAGUAUUGGGCUGAAACAUCAAAUUUAGGUUAUGGACUCUUCUUUUCAGAGAAGUGGGCCAGUUGGGGAAAUGGAGUUUGCUUUUGGGAUUGAUGAAAAGGACCUCUAAGAUUAAUGUAAUCUGUAUAGCCCACGCACGUGACGUGAAGCCUUUUCGACUUUUGGCCAUUUGAACAAAAAGAAGAUGGAGAUUGUGGGAUACGUAUUGUGAGUUUGAAUGAAAGUAGCCAAAAAUAAGAUAGGAAGAAAAAAUGGUCCCAAAGCAGCCAGGAAUCUGAUUCUCCUAUUAUAUACCAGUGAUGAUGAUGAUGAUGAUGAUGAUGAUGAAAAUGAGAAUAAUGAACCGCAAUCCAAUUCCAAUCCCUUCCUGUUGAUUGGGCUCCAAAUUAAUGUUGGAAGCCCAGACCUAACCCCGGUGCAACAACUAUUUGGCAGGUCAGUUACUUUGAAGACCAUAUAGACACAACAUAAAGAAAAUUGGCAGGAUAUAAAUGGGUAGGCGUAUUAAAUCAGAUAAUAAACGGAACUUAUAAGGUAGAAGAGUCAUACUUAAACAUGAUUCGAUAUACCAACAACCACUUGGUCUAAGUGGUAAAGAUAUUGGACCAUCUUAAUUAUGACCCAUGUUCGAACACGGGCAUAGAUAUGCAGCAGUGAUUAGAAUAGUUAUUAGGAGAGUUUUGUCUUUUAAAAGAACUUAUCCAACUUGAAUCCGAA